AUGCACCGCAUGUGUCUGCCAUCCAUGGCGUCUGCGACAGCAAGCCCCACCUUCGUGUGGGUGUCGCUAGACUUGUGGCUGCGGCGGGCACGGCCUUGCAACCUCCACGCAAGCGUCAACAUCUUGCUUAACCUGUCUAUCGAGGAGGGCCCUAGGGCAUGGAGCACGUUCGACGCGCCGGAGUAUGUUUCGCAAUGCCGCAUGAUCAGGGCUGCCUGGUUGACGUUGGAGAGCGUCUGGUUCAGCCGUUUUAAAGCCCUUUCAUCAGGAAGGGCGCGACAUCUCCAAGGGGUCUUCCCCGAAAUUCAGAUAAACCUCAUCUUUCAGUUUUUCGUGGCAGUGGUAAAUCAACGUGCUGAUCUGCCUGAGACAGUUUUCGGUUGGGGCGUCUUUCAUGUAGCGCGUGGCGACACGCCUCCACAGCAGCAGGGAGCACUCCCUGCAGGUGAGCUUGCUUAUCACUUGCGAAUUGUCGAUGACGUGCUUGAACCAGCGUUCUGCUGCUUCUGCAAUUCCUUCUUUCUUAAAGAGUUCUCCCUUAUGGACUGCGCCAAUGACUGCAACAACGCUGCUGCCUCUACAAAGGGCUGGUUCCAGUCUUUGGAGUAUUCCUCCCAUGCACUCUCGUCCGUUUUGGAGGGUAGUCUGAGCACACAGCGCGAGGGUGACUCCAAUCGACGCUUCAUUUUGGAGCUUACGAAUCCGCUGCCUGAUUGA